UCAUCAUCAUCAUCAUCAUCAUCAUCAUCAGAGAAACUCAAAAGAGUGAAAAACAAAAAGCUAACACACUUCACAGAGUACUGGCAUGACAUAGUGAGCGGCCCCAACCCAUCCGGUGCCAUGGUGGCCCAAGCUCCGACCACCAACACCUCCACCACCUCCUUCGGCCUCGUUCGCAUCAUUGACAACCCUCUCACCAAAGGCCCAACCAUGUCCUCCGAUCUCCUCGGCCGUGCUCAGGGCUUCUACGCUUUCACUUCUUUGGAGUCUGUUGGCCUUUUCAUGGCCAUGAACUUUAUCUUCACUUCCGGCAAGUAUAACGGCAGCACUGUCACCAUUCUUGGCCGGGAUGAGAUCUUCACUGACGUCCGAGAGAUGCCGGUCAUCGGCGGCAGUGGCCUUUUCCGGUGGGCUCAGGGCUUCGUCUUAUUGCAGAUUGCCUUUUUUCUGCAAUUAUAUAGAUUAGUCUUUCAAAUAAUCUCAUUGAAUCGUGUCUUUAAAGUCAAAAAGAAUUCUUAA